GUGAACAGCAUGAGCAAGCACCCUCGGCCCAAUAUGUGUUUCCAUCUAGUGAUGAGCUUCGAAAUCUUCAUCAAACACCAGAGGGACACUUAUCAUCUUCCGCCUCUUUGCCAGCUCUUUGCACUGUAUCUUACGAAGACGUUAAUAACCCCAUUUAUCAGCAUCAAAUUACGCCAUCUGGUGGUCUAGCGAGCUCACCUGGUAGUGUUGACUACCUACAAACUGGUACUGGUAUCGGUACCAGAACAGGAAGUAUACGAAGUCGAGGAAGUGACGUCAAACCUUUGUCUAGUGCGUGGAAAACAGCGCUUGGUGCAGCCUCAACUCAAACAGCGAUAAAUCGGGAAAGGAAACGACCUUUCCGUAAAGGUCCAAAAGUUGUUGAAAGACCCGUUCGCGCGCUUUGUUGUUUAACACUAAAAAAUCCCUUACGAAAAACGUGUAUUGGCAUCGUGGAAUGGAAACCGUUUGAAUACCUAAUCCUGUUCACCAUUUUCGCCAACUGUGUUGCGUUAGCUGUCUACACUCCAUACCCUAACAGCGACUCUAACAAAAUAAAUCAUUACCUGGAAAAAGUAGAAUACCUUUUUCUUGUGAUCUUCACCAUCGAGUGCAUCAUGAAGAUUAUAGCUUACGGUUUUUUGUUUCAUCCCGGUGCCUACCUUCGUAACGCAUGGAACAUAUUAGAUUUUGUGAUUGUUGUUAUAGGCAUGAUUAGCACAGCCUUAUCAACCCUCAUGAAGGAGGGAUUUGAUGUGAAAGCCUUAAGAGCAUUCCGAGUUUUACGGCCACUUAGAUUAGUGUCUGGAGUCCCUAGUUUGCAGGUUGUGUUGAACUCUAUUCUGCGAGCCAUGGUGCCUUUAUUACAUAUUGCCCUCCUUGUGAUUUUUGUGAUCAUCAUCUAUGCCAUCAUAGGCCUUGAACUCUUCUCAGGAAAGAUGCAUAAAACUUGCUUUGAUGUAGUAACAGGAAAGAUUGCCUUCCAAAACCCGCACCCCUGUUCAGAUGGGUCUGUUGGCUACCUUUGUGAUGCUUCGAAAAACUUAACAUGUAGAGAAUAUUGGGAUGGACCCAACUCUGGCAUAACAAAUUUUGAUAAUUUUGGCCUUGCCAUGCUAACAGUAUUUCAGUGUGUGACCAAUGAGGGUUGGACAAAUGUUUUAUAUGAUAUCAACGAUUCCAUGGGGAACGAGUGGCCAUGGAUUUAUUUUAUCAGUUUAAUCAUCAUAGGAUCUUUUUUUGUUCUCAACCUUGUGCUAGGUGUGCUUAGUGGAGAAUUUUCCAAAGAAAGAGAAAAAGCAAAAGCUAGAGGUGAUUUCCACAAACUCCGAGAAAAACAACAAAUUGAAGAAGACCUUAGGGGCUAUUUAGACUGGAUAACCCAAGCUGAGGAUAUUGAGCCAGACGAAAAAGAGAAUAAUGAAGACUCCAGACAUGGUAAAGAACUGGAAACAGAGUCUUGUGAUAAAAUAGGAGAAACAUCUAGCACAGAAAAUCUAAAGCCUCCGUCUAGGUGGUCCAUAAAGAGGAAACAGUUUAGCAGACAAAACAGAAGGUUACGAAGAGUGAGCCGUAAGGUAGUAAAAUCACAAGCUUUCUACUGGAUUGUGAUUAUUCUAGUAUUUUUAAAUACUUUCACCUUGGCAUCUGAACACUACAGACAGCCGAGCUGGCUAGACCACUUCCAAGAAGUUGCCAACAUGUUUUUUGUUGUCCUGUUCACCCUGGAAAUGUUGCUGAAGAUGUACAGUCUGGGCUUCCAAGGAUACUUUGUUUCUCUUUUCAAUCGUUUUGACUGUUUUGUGGUGAUCAGUUCUAUCGUUGAAGCUGUGUUGACCUACACUGAAGUGAUGCCUCAACUAGGGGUAUCAGUUCUCAGAUGUGUUCGUUUAUUACGAAUCUUCAAAGUUACCAAGUAUUGGGCAUCUCUACGGAACUUGGUAGCUUCUCUAAUCAACUCAAUGCGUUCUAUUGCAAGUUUACUUCUCCUUCUGUUUCUCUUCAUUGUUAUUUUUGCAUUGUUGGGUAUGCAGGUAUUUGGUGGGAAGUUCAAUUUUGACAGCACACAGGAAAAACCUCGAAGUAACUUUGACUCUUUUUGGCAGUCGCUACUCACAGUGUUUCAGAUCCUGACAGGUGAAGACUGGAAUCUUGUGAUGUAUGAUGGGAUAAAUGCUUAUGGGGGUGUAGCGUCUCCUGGAGUGUUGGCCUCCAUAUAUUUUAUCAUACUCUUUAUUUGUGGAAACUAUAUUUUGUUGAAUGUAUUCUUGGCUAUUGCUGUGGAUAACCUGGCUGAUGCAGAAAGUUUGACCGCAAUUGAAAAAGAUGACCCAUGGGAGGAAGAAGAAGAGGUGGAAAAAGAGCAACAAGCACGAGAUUCUGUGGGUGGACAGAACAGUGAGGAAAAGGAGAAAAAAGAAAAGAGGAAACAAAGAAAGAAGAAACAAAUUGAUCAAGAAAGUGACCAAGCUGGGCCUAAUAAAAUGGACACUUCCUUGAUAAAUCAUGCAUCGGGUUUAAGGGCUUCCAAGGAUAAAAGUGCUCACAUUCAAAUUAAAGUAGACGAAGGAGAAGCUGAUGAAGGGACAGCAAAUGAUUAUGAAGAGCAUGAAGACGAUGAUGAAUAUGUUGAUGGUGAAGAGGAGGAAGAUGAACAGGAUGAUGUAGGAGAAGAAGAAGAAACUACUACUGUUUCCACUGCCCGUCCACGUCGUCUUUCAGAAAUCAAUAUCCCAAAAAAGGUCCAUCCCAUCCCCAAGUACUCAUCAUUUUUUAUCUUUUCUCAUACAAACAGGUUUCGUGUUUUCUGUCAUCAUCUCGUCAACCAUACUUACUUUGGUAACGUCAUCUUACUGUGUAUCAUGAUUAGCAGUGCAAUGCUAGCUGCUGAAGAUCCUCUCCAUGCCUACUCUGAUAGAAACCAGAUUCUGAACUACUUUGAUUACUUCUUUACCAGUGUCUUCACUAUUGAAAUUACAUUAAAGGCAGUAGCAUAUGGGCUUAUUCUUCAUAAGGCCUCUUACUGUCGCAGCGCCUUCAACAUGUUAGAUGUCCUUGUAGUCUGUGUGUCUUUGGUCUCGUUUGCUUUGGAUAAUGAAGCAAUCUCUGUGGUUAAAAUUCUGCGUGUAUUGAGAGUUCUAAGGCCACUCCGAGCUAUCAAUCGUGCCAAAGGUUUAAAGCAUGUAGUCCAGUGUGUGAUAGUAGCAGUAAAAACUAUAGGCAACCUCAUGUUGGUGACCUUUCUACUAAACUUCAUGUUUGCGGUCAUUGGAGUACAAAUUUUCCAGGGAAAGUUUUUCUUAUGUAAUGAUCCUUCCAAAAUGACAGAGGAAGAAUGCAGAGGAAUUUUCCUCCAAUAUUUGAAUGGGGACAUAUCAAAACCCAUAGUGCAAGAAAGAAACUGGGAAAAUAAUCCAUUUAAUUUUGAUGAUGUUGCCAAAGGAAUGCUCACGUUAUGUACAGUGUCGACAUUUGAAGGUUGGCCUGGCCUACUAUACACGGCCAUUAACUCAAAUGCCGAAGAUAGGGGACCUAUUCAUAACAAUCGUCCAGUGGUUGCUGUCUUUUUCAUUGUCUACAUCAUCAUCAUUGCCUUUUUUAUGGUCAAUAUCUUCGUAGGUUUUGUCAUCGUUACUUUCCAGAACGAAGGAGAGCAGGAGUAUAAAAAUUGUGAACUUGAUAAAAACCAGAGAAAUUGCAUAGAGUUUGCCUUAAAAGCUAAACCAGUAAGGCGUUACAUUCCUAAACAACGUUUCCAGUACAAAGUUUGGUGGUUCGUAACUUCCCAGUAUUUUGAAUAUGCCAUUUUUAUUUGCAUAAUGGUUAACACCAUAGUCUUAGCAAUGAAGUAUCACAACCAACCUCGUUCAUACACCGCAGCCUUAGAUAUACUGAAUAUGGUUUUCACCACUGUGUUUGCCCUAGAGUUCCUCCUCAAACUUAUAGCAUUCAGAUUCAAAAAUUACUUUGGAGAUGCCUGGAAUGUGUUUGAUUUUAUUAUUGUCUUAGGAAGUUUUAUAGACAUCGUCUACUCUGAAGUCAAUCCUGGCUCCAACAUCAUUAGUAUUAAUUUUUUCCGACUCUUCCGAGUGAUGCGGUUAAUCAAGUUACUGAGUAGAGGAGAAGGUAUCCGGACCCUUUUAUGGACCUUCAUAAAAUCGUUUCAGGCACUGCCUUAUGUUGCACUCCUUAUUGUGAUGCUUUUCUUCAUCUAUGCUGUGAUUGGGAUGCAGGUGUUUGGAAAGAUUUCUCUAGAUUCAACAACUGCAAUUCAUAGAAACAACAAUUUUCAAACUUUUCCUCAGGCUGUUCUAGUUCUUUUCAGAUCUGCUACGGGAGAAUCUUGGCAGGAAAUCAUGAUGGACUGCUCCAACAAACCAGACGUAAAAUGUGAUAAGCAAUCCAAUACUCCUUUUGAAAACUGUGGAAAUGACUUUGCACUGCCUUAUUUCAUCUCUUUCUAUACCUUAUGCUCUUUUUUAGUUAUAAACCUGUUUGUAGCUGUGAUUAUGGACAAUUUUGACUACUUAACACGAGACUGGUCAAUUCUUGGUCCACAUCAUCUCGAUGAAUUUGUACGACUAUGGUCUGAGUAUGACCCAGAUGCAAAGGGAAGGAUAAAACAUAUAGAUGCUGUAACAUUAUUGUUACAUAAUGUCAGUAUGGAUUAUAUUUCAGGGGAAGAAUAA